AUAACGUUUUACGAGUAUAUGUUGAAUUUUGAAUUGUGUAAUGUUUAAACAUUUUUUUGUGAAUUUGAAAAUGUUGUCAAACGCAAACGCAAAAACCGACCAUUCAAUUGUCUAAUUACUCGAAACAAGCAAUAAUGCUAAUAGUAAAAUAAUUAAUAAAUAAAAUGGAAACUAUAGAAGAUAAACGACCAGAAUGGGGUAAAAAAUUAUCUCUACUGGUGCCGAUACCGCAACGGGUAAUCAUGUCUAUAAUGGGAUUUCUUUCCAUAAUUAACAAUUAUACGCUACGUAGUUGCAUUUCCGUUACAAUUACACGCUUAGUUUUAGAGCGCAAAUAUUCGAAUGAAACAACAGCUAGUGGCGAAGUUUGUCCUAAACCAGAUAUAUCCAUUGAGGAAGAAAAAAUACCGGGUGGCGAAUAUGAUUGGUCACAAGAACUGCAAGGCUACAUACUUGGCUCUUUUUACAUAGGCUAUAUUGUAGGACAUGUACCUGCUGGCUUGCUAUCUGAAAAAUAUGGCGCUAAAUGGGUGUUAGUUUGUGGCAUGUCUACAGCAACGAUAUUAACAUUAUUAACACCCUUAUGCAUUACAUUACUCGGACCAUAUGCUUUAAUUGUACUACGUACUAUAAUGGGAUUCGGUGCUGGCUUUUCAUAUCCUUCGUGUAGCGCACUAUUGGCUCAUUGGGUACCCGUACAUGAACGUAGUUUACUGGGCGCUUUUAUAAUGGGCGGUGGCCAAAUGGGGACCGUACUGAGUAACAGUAUGUCCGGUGCUUUACUUCGUUACGCUACAUGGCCUUGGGUAUUUUAUACAUUUGGUAUAAUGGCGACCUUAUGGAUUUUGUUUUUUAUAAUUAUGUGCUUUAGUGAUCCUAAUUCGCAUCCCUAUAUCAGUGACAAGGAAAAGGAGUAUCUGCUGAAACAUAUGGGUCGUCUUGGACGUGAUCAUAAUUUACCCCCGUUCCCUUGGGUUCCCGUAUUUAAGAGUAAAGAAAUGUGGGUGCUUAUUUUGGCACAAGUUGCACACGAUUGGGGUUUUUAUGUAAUGUCUUCAUGUUUUCCGAAAUUCUUGAAUGAUGUAUUGCAAUUGCAAAUUCUUAAAACUGGCUUAUAUUCUUCAAUCCCAUUUUUAUUAUUUUGGCUAUCUUCGCUACUCUUGGGAGCCAUAGCAGACUAUAUAAUUAAACGGGAUUUGACGCGAGCAACAUGUGUACGCAAAUGGAUGACGUUCAUUGCUGCCACACCUUCCGGGCUCUUUAUGGUUACAGCCGUAUAUAUUGGUUGUGAUACAGUGUGGAUAAUUUUAAGUUUCACCAUCUCAAUGGCACUCAUGGGCGGUUUUUAUGCAGGAAUAAAACUAACUGCGAACGAUAUGACACCGAACUAUUCGGCUACUGUUAUGGCUAUUGUAAACGGUAUAGGUGGCAUUGCUGGUGUACUCGCUCCGUAUUCUGUAGGUUGGCUUACUGUAAAGACUAUCUUACAUGAAUGGCAGCAAGUAUUUUGGUUAGCGCUUGCUAUUCUAACGCUACCCACAAUCCCUUUUUGCAUUUGGGGUACAGCUGAAGUACAAGAAUGGAAUGAACCUUCCAAGAAAGAAUGAUUUUUCUUAUUUAUUACAAAACGGCUACCGCAAUUUCAUUUACUAAUGCCUAUGUGUUCAUCUGCACUUGAGGAGUACAAUUCGAUUGGAAUAAGAUUGUAAUAUAUUUGCUUUCGACGGAAGACAAUGUACGAGUACUUUAUAUUUAAUAAUUAGCAAAUAGUUUCCACUAGAGAUAAUGAAUCAUUAUCACAACGUCCGCCACAUCUAUCACUCGUAAUUUAAUCACCUUUAAUUGCUCAUAUUUACACAUUCCUUUGGGGAACCAUUUUUAAUAAAUUAUAAAUAAUUAUAGCAAACUA